UUAGUUUUUCUAAAGUGAAUUUAUUUAAUAUAUAGUUUUUUCCGCCAUUAAAGGAGCUCUCACUGGUAUUUGAAGUCACUGUUUGAGUUCUGGUACUCACUUUUCCUUACUGGAGGAAAAGGCAACUCUUCCGGACUCGCUUCCGGGAAAGCGAAAUUUCCAGUUUUGGAUCUAUGAACUGAAGAAGAAGAAGAAGACUAAAGUUCUUUCUCUUUUUUGUGUUUUUGUUUUGUUUCUUUCUUCUUUUUAUGAUUUUUGGAUUGUAUAUUGACGGUCUCAGAUCUCCAUUAGUGUUUGUUGUAUUUCUCUAUAAAUAAAUCUUAGCGUUUUUUUACGCACUCCAAGCUGCGGCGUUGGUGUUUGGCACGAUGAAGUCGACAACUCGGCUUGAUUCUGUGGUGUUUCAGCUCACUCCUACUCGAACCAGGUUUGAUUUGGUCAUCAUUGCCAAUGGGAAGGCGGAGAAAAUUGCCUCAGGGUUGCUGAACCCAUUUCUUGCCCACUUGAAGACAGCCCAAGAACAGAUGGCUAAGGGAGGUUACUCAAUUACACUUGAACCAAAUUCUGGGAGUGAUGCAACAUGGUUCUCAAAUGGCACCGUAGAGAGGUUUGUCCGGUUCGUGAGCAAUCCGGAAGUCUUGGAACGAGUGAAUACCAUAGAAUCAGAGAUCUUACAGAUUGAGGAGGCGAUUGCCAUUCAGGGUAACGAGAAUCUAGAAUUGAGCACUGUUGAAGACCAUCAAACCAGAUCUGUGGAAAGCAUUGAAGGUAGCAAGCCUGUACAUGAUGUCGAUGCGGAGAAAGCGAUAAUCCUAUACCAGCCCGGGUCACAUCCACCUGAAUCAAAUGGAUCCACCAUGCAGGAGGAAAAUUCAAAAGUCAAGCUCCUGAAAGUACUGGAGACUCGCAAAACUGUGCUGCAGAAAGAACAAGGCAUGGCCUUUGCACGUGCUGUAGCUGCAGGUUUUGACAUGGACCACAUGUCACCUUUGAUAUCAUUUGCGGAGUGCUUUGGGGCGACACGGUUGAUGGAAGCAUGCAUAAGGUUUAUGGAGUUAUGGAAGGAGAAGCAUGAAACUGGUCAAUGGCUUGAAAUUGAAGCAGCUGAAGCAAUGUCUAACCGAUCAGACCUGUCUUCCAUGAAUACCUCUGGCAUUAUGCUUCCCAGUGAGAUCAAGAAACAAAAGGAAUUUAGUGAAGCAUGGCCUGAAUCCCGUGGUGAGUUGGGCUUAGAAAGCAAUGGGAAAGCAAAUGGUGCUGAUGCAGAUAUGAGUUCACAUCAAAAUGGAGAUAAAAAGGGUCACAUGGAUCCACAAUUUCCAUUGGGCCACCAUGAAUAUUUUCAAGGACAAUUCCAGCAUCCUAUGUUCCCUCAAUGGCCUAUUCAUUCUCCACCUGGUGCUCCACCAGUCUUCCAAGGAUAUCCCAUGCAAGGCAUGCCUUACUAUCAGAGUUAUCCAGGAAAUGGCCCAUUUUUCCCACCACCCUAUCCUCCUCCAGUGGAGGAUUCUAGAUUCAAUGCUGCACAAAGGAUGGGACAGAAAAGGCAUUCCAUGGACAGUAAAGAUAGCAACACUGAAUCAGAGAGGGAGAUGGGUGCCUCUUAUAAACAAUCACCGGAUGGCUCGGAGUUGGAGAAGGAAGGUUCUCGAUUUCGAGAACCACGAAGAAAGGCUGGUCGAUCAGAUAAAAGACAGUCAGGCAUGGUUGUCAUUCGGAACAUCAAUUAUGUUACAUCAAACAGACAGAAUUCAUCAGAAAGUGAAUCGAAUUCAGCUUCUGAUCCUGAAACCGAUGAAGAACCUGAGGAUGUACAAAUUGAUGCUCAGGAUGAGAAGCAUAAGAAUCGUACAAGAUCUUCAAAAAGUAAAGGAAGCCACACAAAAUCGAAUGAUACUCGGGAUUCAUAUGAUAAGGAUGAGACAGUGUAUGGACAGGGAGCAGAUGGUGGACACUGGCAAGCAUUUCAGAACUGUUUACUGAGAGAUGAUAAUGAAAAUACAUAUGUGGGCAAUGAAGGCAUAUUUGCUAUGGAAAAAGAGUCAAAAGUUAGGAGAAGGCAAAAUACAGUUGGAGAUCCUAUAGUUCCUCAUGGACGAGAUUCAAGAGAAGUUCAAGAAGGGAGGAUGACCGAAUUUGAUACAAUCAGUGCCAAGCUGUCCCGCAUGUUGAAGUUAGAAAAUGAGGAGUUGCUACUCUCUAAAGGACAGUUACCUGGUGGAGGAACCAGAGAUGGUCAAGUGGAUGUACAGUUGACAGAGAUUGAAGGUGGAAGGCGGCCAUAUAGAAGGACUUCUGAUGAUGAUUUCAUGAUAUAUGGACGAGAAAAUCAUUCAGGGGUUACAAAGUCUUUCUCAGAUCCACUGACUGGUAAUGAAUUUGGGCAUCCAGCAAAUAACUCGGACAGGAGCUCAUCACAUAAUGUAACUGAUGAAUCCUUUAUAGUUCCUCUCAGGGCAAAUUCAGCAGAUCAGGUUGGAACUGAUAGCAGAAUGGCAAUGGAUAUUGGUUCUGAGCUACCAUCUGCACUCCAGAAGACAGAAAACUCAUCUGGUAGGAUUAUGGCCCAACUCAGCUAUGAGCCAGAUGAUUUGAGCUUGAUGCCAGAACGUGGGACAGAGAGGGAAACUAUUGGUUAUGACCCUGCAGUUGACUAUGAAAUGCAGGUGCAUACCGAAGAUGUCACAGUAAAGAACAGAAACAAGGAAGAGAAUGUGACUAAGGUUGGUUCAAAGAAGUCAGACAAGGAUAAGAAUUCCAAAGUAAUAAGAGAUGGUUUGGAUAAGAGGAAGAUUGAAGCAGCAAUGAGGAAAGGGAAGCCAUCAAAAUUGAGUCCUUUGAUUGAAGCACAAGCACGUGCUGAAAGACUAAGGUCCUUCAAAGCUGACCUUCAGAAAGUGAAGAAAGAGAAGGAAGAGGAAGAGGCACAGAGGUUGGAAGCUUUGAAGAGAGAGAGGCAAAAGAGAAUCGCAGCACGAGGAAGUUCUGGCCCUGUUCCAUCGCCAUUAUCCUCUCAGCAGUCCAGAUCACGGUUGCCUAUGAAACUGUCCCCAAGUGCUCAGAAAUCAAAGUUCAGUGACUCGGACCCUGCACCAGCAUCACCUCUACAAAGGUUGCCUAUCAGAGCUGCUUCUAUUGGUUCCAGUGAUUCUCAGAAAAUCACUAAAAUCAGUAGAUUAAAUAGUGGUCCUCUAGGGGGAAAUGGGUUAAGCCAGUCACUGUCAUCAUUACCUGAGCAGAAAAAAGAGAUUGAUGGCAUCACCCCUGAAUCGAAGACAACUACAAUGAGAACAAGGAGAUUAUCAGACCAUAAAACAAGCAACGGUCAUCAUGUUUCUUCAGUAAAGUCACGAAGUGCUGAGCCAGUAUCAAAGCCAAAAUUAUCGAAUGGGCCUGAGAUCAAGAAGAUCUCUGCAAUUAUGAGCCUUGACAGAACUAAGGCUGCAACUCUUCCGGAACUCAAGAUUAGAACCUCAAAAGGGCCUUCAGUCGUUGACCAGAAUAAAUCAGCAGCAAAAGAAGCAAAACAAAAAACAAAUCUAAACAAAUCUUCUGUAUCUUCAGAAGACAUCAAACUGAGGAGCAAUGAUAAAACUGUGCAUAGUAGCAGCGGAGAUGAAAACCCAAUUAUUGAGAAGACUGUUGUGAUGCUUGAACCUGAGGUACCCCCCAUUUCUGUUGCACAUUCAUCUGAAGAGAGCAUGGAAACAAAAAGGGGACCAUAUGAUGAAGAUAAAGCAGGAGCGAAGACAGAGGUGGUUUCAGAGUAUGCUGCCAUCCGUGCCCCAGUGUCACCACUUAAUAGAGAUUCCAGUGAAUGUCACUUAGACGAGAGGCCAGGUUUUUCUGAGGUGACAAAAGACUAUGGAAUGGAGGAAUUAACAAAGGUUUCAAGUAUCAGUAUUGCUGAAAAUCCAUAUCAGGUCCCGUAUGCUCGAGCUUCAUCAUUGGAAGAUCCAUGCACUACAAAUUUGGAGUUCAGCAAAGCUUCAGCAACAACUUCAGCGAUGGGAGCAAUAAGCACAGAGACUACCAAGGCUCAUGUAUCUGGUUUGACAGUCCUAAACUCUUCAGGAAAAAAUCCAGAAGCCUUGGAGAAGCCUCGGAAUAAGGAAUCUAAAGGGUUUAAAAGGCUGCUGAUGUUUGGGAGGAAAAACCACAGUUCAACUGCCGCUGAGUGCAACAUGGAAUCAGAUAAAUAUAGUGUAGAUGGCUCUGAGGCUGAACAUGAUCCAUCAACUGCUGCUUCUGAUGAAGCCAAUAUGCUGAAGAAUCUCAUCUCUCAAGACGAAACACCAAAGGCAGUCACUACUCCACAGAAGGUUUCUAGACCAUUCUCUUUGUUGUCACCAUUUCGAAGCAAGAACAGUGCAAAGAAGCUGACAACAUGAUGAGAAGAUGUCAGAAGAUAUUAAGGCGGCGAGGCAGAUUGAGUGUGUUUCUUUUGCCCUUUUUUUUUAUAAAUUGCAUCAGCCUAAUAACCCCCUAAGAAAAAAUGUAGUUAUAGAUAAAUUUGAUUGAUUUUACAUGUAUUGCUGAAAAACUGGGUAUUUUGUCCAUUCGAGUCCGUGAAUGCCCAAGUGUGAAUUGUUCUGCUGCUUGUCUAUUGGUUGUUUUGGUCCCCAUGAACAGUACUUUGUACUUGGUCUGUGAA